AUGUUCGAUAGUUUCAGCGGACGGUAUGCCGAUCAGUUGAAGUUAAUUACGGAUGCUCUGGACCAAGCUGGAAUCAAUAACGUACUUUGGGGCCACGUCAUUGAGCAGUUCCUCAAAAAAAGUGUUUCGUGGGGUAUCGAAUGCAUCAUCCACGAUGGAAUGGCCGAAAAAGCAUGCCAGACCCUUCUGGCUGCGGGGCUCGAGGCAUGCAAAAACGGGGAAGAUUGUCCGGCGACGAGACAUUGGCAAGAUAGGCUGGACGCUGUAGCGCAUGUGCACUUUGAAGCAUUCACUUUAGGGUGUGAUAUACCUGUGGUGUUCUGGGAAAAGUCGUCUCUUCUUUGGGCGUUCCCCGACUUACCAUCGUCUCCUCCUUCGUCGGAUGAUCCGUACUACAUGCCAAUCAGGAUCCCAUGGACCUACUACGAUAGUAGGUCGCAGCGUCCUCCAAUAGAUUUGACUCCUGCAAGGAUGAUCAAACCAGUCAAGAUUGUUGAAGCCCUGAUAUGGCUGAUGUGUCGGGACCGGAAUCCUAAUGAGGGAUUGGAAUGGGGGUGGGAGCAUCGGUGGCAGGAGGUCUUGGAAUCCUGGGUGCAGAAAGCUCCAGGUCUUGCUGAGCAUGGGCUUUUCUGCCGGAACGAAUUGCGACCCGAAUUUCUACCUCUUUGGGACUACCUCUGUGGUGGUGAAGGUGAACAGACCCCCAAGAAGCAUCGUGCACACUAUUUGGGGCUCCAAGCGAAGCUUCGUGCGGAAAAUGCUCUUCCAAGCUCACCGCAACCAAAGAGAAGAACAAUUGAGGAAAUUGAACAUCAAAAGUGGAAGGAGUAUCAGAAGUUCGUCAAACGUUACAGUGGCAAUACUCCUUGGAUUGAAGAAGACUAA